AACAGCGAGGCUGUUGUGAAAAGGUACUCAGAGUUGCUGGAGGUGGUCAGGGAAGGAGGGGGACAAGGCCGCCUGGUUCACACCCAGAGAAACAAGAAGCUGCUUGAUUGGGAGCGCCUGAAGCUGCUGCUUGACCACGAGUGUUUCCUUGAGCUGUCCCCACCGGCAGGGCUCAGCCUGCCCUGUGGUGAUGUCCCUGUGGCUGGGUCCCUUACUGGAAUUGGCAGAAUCUGUGGGGUCUGCUGUGUCUUUAUGGCAAACGAUGCAACUGUAAAAGGAGGAACAAUUUAUCCCACUGGGGUGAAGAAACAGUUAAGAGGUCAAGAAAUAGCCUUGCGGAACAGGCAGGUAUCCGUGUACCUGGCUGUCAGCAGGGGAGAAUUCCUAGCACUGCAGGCAGAGCUGUUUCCUGGCAAGUCGCACGGUGGCAGGGUUUUCUGCGCUGAAGCAGUGAUGUCUGCCGUGAGAAUCCCGCAGGUACAGUCAGUGUGUGGCUCCUGUGUGGCUGGAGGUGCCUAUGUCCCAGCCAGGGCAGAAGCAGCUGUGACUAUAGAUAAAAUGGGUACGUUAUUCCUUGCGGGCCCAACUCUGGUAAAAGCUGCUACAGGAGAAUAUGUCUCUCCCGAGGACCUGGGAGGGGCCAGACCUCACUCUCAUGUCAGUGGCUGCAGGGACCAUUUUGCAUCUUCAGAGGAGGAAGCCUGUGAAUGUAUUCGAAAGGUUAUCUCCACACUGAACCGAUCCCCUGCAGAGGAGGCCACAGAGCACGACAGCCCUUUGUACAGCUCUGCUGAGCUCCUGGGACUGGCACCAGGGGGUUACGGGUGUGCUCUUCCUGUCGAACUCGAUGUUUCUUUGCAGAUUCUGAGCCGUCUGCUGGAUAGAAGCAGAUUCCAGGAGUUCAGGGCUAAUUAUGGAACGACAUUGGUAACAGGAUUUGUCCAUGUGGAAGGCUUUCACAUCAUCAUCAGGUUUUACAGUAUUCCAGCGGAGGCUCGCUCCAGCAGAUGGAAGGCCUCCAUGGCUGCUGCUGCUUGUGCUGCUGUUCCCAAAAUAACCGCUGUAGUCGGUGGCUGUUUCGGGAGUGAGAGUUACGUUGUGUGUGGGAGAUCGUUCAGCCCAAACUUCCUGUUCUUGUGGCCUAAUGCAAGAGUUGCUCUUGUGGAUUCAAGACAUCUCUCCACAGUCCCACAAGCUGGGGACAGUGGCCACAGAGGAGAGGGAGCAGAGCUAAAACAGCUGAAAGAAAAGCUAGAGGAAGCAAGCAGUGCAUUUUACUCCUCUGCCAGGCUCUGGGAUGAUGGCAUAAUUCUACCUCAAAAUACUGAAAGGUAGGUGGUUGCAGAGAGUUUGAAGAUCACAAAACAGCAGAAGUUCCAGGUUGUGUCUCCGUGUCAGCAUCCUGGUAUUGGGAUGUAA